AGAGAAUAAAAUAGAUGUAGAAGGCAUGGUAUUAUAUAAUACUCCCCAAAACCCAACGCUGUGUCAAGAACCACCACUAUUGGUUGACAUAAAAAAUUGUGGUGGGCGCUGACACAAGCCCAGCAUCAGCCAUCGAGCCUUAUAUAAGCAACGAUGAGAUGAGUAGCAUAUCAUAUUAACUCAUCCCGCACAAAACAAUAAUCCAAACAUGACUGCAACACUGUCUUCGCCGUCAGCGCGGCACCCCUGCCCAGAUUGGGAGUCCUGGCAGGAGCCCUCUGAUGCGCUUUUGAUUUCUCUGCCAAGCGACCAACUUCAUCACGAAGACCCCUUCCAUGAUUACCUCUGCUUCGAUAUGGUUGACAGGGAGGCGAAUCAAGCGCCGGUGAGUUCAGAAGCCAUCGAAACAAAGAAGACUGUUAAGGGAAGAUCGUACAUCGGGGUGAGGAAGAGACCUUGGGGGAAAUUUGCGGCAGAGAUCAGAGAUACCACCAGGAAUGGGAUCAGAGUUUGGCUGGGAACGUUCGAGACUGCCGAGGAGGCUGCUUUAGCUUAUGACCAAGCUGCAUUCACCAUGAGAGGCAAUAACGCUGUUCUCAAUUUUCCUGUGGAAAAGGUGAAGGAGUCUCUGCAACACAUCAAGUAUGGCUGCCGCAAAGGGCAUUCGCCUGCUUUGGCCCUCAAAGAGAGGCACUACAUCCAAAGAAAACAGUCGUCAAAGGCUAGGAAAGGCAAAGCCAAACAGCAAUCAGAGGUGGUGGUGCUGGAGGACUUGGGUGUAGAAUAUCUGGAGCAACUUCUCAGCAUAUCUGAUCAAACCACAAGCUAGAUAUAUACUCGAAUAAUCAAACGUGUUUCACAACUGUAUUGUUAUCGUUUCUAUCUAAAUAACCAUACGUGUCUUUCUACUAAAUUUGGAUGGACCCUUCCUUUUAUUAUCAUCCGUCUUUCAUCAUUAUGUGCCCACGAUCUUAAGUCCCCAUUUAGGGGCUGACACCUAUGUAAUUAUAAUGACUCUCACCAGGCACUUCCAUUCUAUUUGAUGGUGUUCGUUAAGAAAUUUGCUAUCUGAUACACUAAGAAAGGAGUAUAAAUUAUAAUGAUUACACCUUCUGCUGAAGCCAUGCUACGCCUUUCACAGGGCAUUAACUCGAUCACUUCUUUGUUCCCUGCUAACGCUCGCCGCGUCUGCCUUUGGAAGUUCUAUAAAAACCUUUCGUCACAUGUGGCGUCAUCUUAUUGUUGAUAUCUAUUUCUAAAGUAGCUCCAUAAUCCCUCACUAGUUUUAUCCCAAAGAGAAAUUUUCACAAGAAUCCCAAGACAGGCCAUACAAGACGAAUUAAUCAGCAAGGUUACAACUUAGACUAUUUAAUUUUCGAAUCAUACAACUACCAAAGACAUUUUGAAGAGUGCCACCUAAAGCAGAAAUAUUCAUGAAUCCCAGGGAACAGAAUAUACACGAUAAUUUCGCAAGAAGUACAUAAUUAACUUGUAUACUGUCUGAUGAGUUUGGACUACUUAAGAGUUUGUUA